AUGACCAAGAUCUUGCUCACUGGCGGCUCCGGUUUCAUCGCCGCGCACAUCUUGGAGCAGCUCCUCGCGGGUGGCCACUCGGUCGUCACGACCGUCCGAUCCGAGGACAAGGCCCAGAAGAUCCGCGACGCGCACAAGGAGCUCGACGCCUCGCGCCUCACCAUCGCCAUCGUCCCGGACAUUGCGCGCGAGGACGCCUUUGACGAGGUCGUCAAGACGCCCGGCCUCGAGGCGGUGCUGCACACGGCCAGUCCGUUCCACUUCAACUGGACGGACCCUAAGAAGGAGCUCAUUGACCCGGCCGUCGUCGGCACCACGGCCAUCUUGAAGGCGCUCAAGAGGGAUGCGCCCGGCGUGAAGAGGGUCGUCGUGACGUCGUCCUUUGCUUCCAUAAUCGACGAGGCAAAGCUCGAGGACCCGAACACGGUGUUUACGGAGAAGCACUGGAACCCCGUGACGGUGGAAGACAUCAACAGGAGCCCCGCGACGGCGUACCGCGCGUCCAAGAAGCUGGCCGAGAAGGCCGCCUGGGACUUUGUCGAGAAGGAGAAGCCGGGCUUCGACUUGGUGACGGUGACGCCGCCGUUGGUGCUGGGCCCCGUCGUGCACCACUUUGCGGACCUGAACAGCAUCAACACGUCCAACGAGCGGGUCGUGGACCUGGUCAAGGGCAAGUGGAAGGACGCCGUCGCCCCGACGGGCGCGGCGUACCUGUGGAUCGACGUGCGGGACCUCGCGCUGGCGCACAUCCUGGCGCUGGAGAAGCCCGAGGCCGGCGGCAAGAGGCUCUUCACGACAGCGGGCUGGUUCAGCAACGCCGAGAUCGCGGCCGUCGUGAGGAAGAACUUCCCCGAGCUGAAGGACAGGUUGCCGGUGGAGGGGACCAAGGGCGGGGAGCUGCCGCCCAAGGGUAAGGUGUACGGGUACGACGACAGCGAGACGGCCAAGAUCCUGGGGAUCAAGUGGAAGACCCUGGAUGAGAGCAUCACGGACUUGGUCAAGGAUAUCAAGGGGUUUGGCAUCUAA